GGGGUGGAGAGGCAGAGGUAUGUACUAUCUGUACAGGCGAGUAUACCGCGAUCCCCGCGGCGCCUAAGGCGGGCUAAGCCUACCGCCUACUACCUACCCACCUACCUAGGUACCUAACCUCGCGCGUACGAAGCAUACCUACAGGCCGCGAGCGAGGCGCGGCGAGGCGAGACGAGGCAAGACGAGACGGACCCGGCGCGCAGAGCAGAGCAGAGCAGAGCAGAGCUCAGAGGUUCCAGAUACCCAUGGAGUCGCAGUCGCCCCCGCUAGCACAACAGGUACGACGACAGCCAGCUGCCCGCCCUCGAGCUGCUCUCCUCUUAUCAUCUCUCUUCCCCCCUACAGUCGCAGCCGAGUUAUGCCUGCCCCCCCCUCCCCCCUCCUCUUCAAGUGACGAUGACGACGAUGAGGUUCCCGCUCGGCUCGGGGCUUCCCGUGCCCCUUGCCGCGUGGGCACUUACCCGCCACCCCUGUAGUGCCGCUCCCUAGCUGGUCAAGUACCUACCUAACCUACCUAUCUCUGGUGUAAGGGGUCGUAUAGAUACCUACCCGUAGAUUAGGUAGGUUAGAUAUAUAGAUCAAGACAUAUAGAUACAACAGCUAUGUGCAUGCAACGUCGCCUGGGAUGUGCGAGGCCAAAGUUAUAUAGAGAGAGAGAACACGAGAACAUGCCGGGCGUUCGUCAGCCCCGAAAGCGAGCGCGCGGCGAGGUAAAAAGAGCGUCGGGUCGUAGCUAGUUCAAGUAAUUCACCUAGGCAGGUAAGUGGUAUUGGCCGGCCUGUUCGGUGCAGG